AUGACUCAAGGUAUCAAAAUCGCCAUUGAUCGUGGUGGUACUUUCACCGAUAUUUAUGCCUCAAUUCCAGGUAAACAAGAUCUAGUGUUCAAACUAUUAUCAGUUGAUCCUAAUAACUAUCCAGAUGCUCCCACUGAAGGUAUUAGAAGAGUUUUGGAAACAGCUCAUGAUUCAAAAAUUCCCAAGGGUACUCUCUUGAGUGUUGAUACCAUAGAAUCUAUUAAAAUGGGAACCACUGUGGCUACAAAUGCCCUAUUGGAAAGAAAUGGUGCCAAAGUCGCAUUGCUGACCUCAAAAGAUUUCAGAGAUGUUUUGGAAAUUGGAAAUCAAACUAGACCUGAUCUUUUCAAUAUAAGUGCAAGAAAGUUGGAUCAAUUAUACUCGAAAGUUGUUGAGAUUGAUGAACGUAUUACAUUGGUGAAUUAUACUGAAGGUGGUGGUGGUCUUGAACAUGAAACAAAUGCUGAUGCUGAAGCCAUAACUGGUGACUUGAUUCGUAUCAUAGAAACCCCAAAUAUUUCCAAAGUCAAGCUACAAUUAGAGGAGUUAAAAGCUGAAGGUUAUUCAAGCUUAGCUAUCUGUUUUCUCCAUUCAUAUUUGUAUCCCAAACAUGAACAACAAGUUGCUAAAGUUGCAAGAUCAUUAGGAUUCCAGGUUUCUGUCUCUACAGAGUUACAACCAACUAUGGGUAUUGUUGAUAGAUGUUCUUCAACAGUUGCUGAUGCCUAUUUAUUACCCAAGAUCCAAGAAUAUCUAGUUGGAUUCGGUUCAGGUUUCCAAGGUGGAUUAAAAGCUAUGGGUAACAAACUUUUAUUUAUGCAAUCAAAUGGUGGGUUAUGUCCUUGGAACAAGUUUACUGGUCUUCGUGCUAUUCUUUCAGGCCCUGCAGGUGGUGUUGUUGGUUACGCUGAAACUUGUUAUGAUAAACGACCAUCAAAUAAAAAGUCAACACUUGGUUUUGAUAUGGGUGGUACUUCAACAGAUGUUUCAAGAUUUUCCGGUCGAUACGAACAUGUAUUUUCCAAUGUUGUUAAUGAAGUUCAUUUAACUACACCUCAAUUGGAUAUUUCCACAGUUGCAGCAGGUGGUGGAUCAAUGUUGUUUUGGAAGAAUGGUAUGUUUGUUGUUGGUCCACAAUCAGCUGGUGCACAUCCAGGCCCUGCUUGUUACAGAAAAGGUGGUCCUUUAACAAUCACCGAUGCCAAUGUUUUCACUGGUCGGUUAUUACCAAAACAUUUUCCUCAUAUCUUUGGACCAAAUGAGGAUGAACCCUUGGAUGUUGAAAGAACAAGAGUUUUGUUUGAGGAACUAACCACAGUCAUCAACAAUGAGCUUAAAUCUAAAAUGACUCCUGAAGAUGUUGCUAUUGGAUUUUUAAAAGUUGCAAAUGAAGCUAUGAGUAGACCAAUUAGAACAUUAACUGAAGGUAAAGGUUAUAAUACAGCUGAUCAUAAUUUGGCAGUCUUUGGAGGCGCUGGUGGUCAACACUCAUGUGCAGUUGCUCGUGUUUUGAACAUUGAGAAUGUUUUGAUUCACAAAUAUUCUUCGUUAUUGUCAGCAUAUGGUAUAUCUUUAGCUGAUGUUGUUGUGGAAAAGCAAACACCGAUAUCAAUUGUCUACAACCAAGAGAAUUUGGAAACCAUCAAAACUAAGCUCGAUGAUUUGGAUAAAGUUGUUGAAAGUGAAGCUUCAGAACAAAAUGUUGGUAGUUCACCAGUCUCAACAGAAUUGUAUCUCAACAUGAAAUAUUUGGGAACUGAUACUUGCCUCAUGACUUUAAAACCUGAAGUUGGCUGGGAUUUCAAAAGUCAAUUCAUCUCACAACAUCAACAAGAGUUUGGGUUCACUUUAGAAAGAGAGGUUAUUGCUGAAGAUGCUCGUGUUAGAAAGAUUAUUAGAUCCAAUGAUGGGAAUAAAUUAAAUCCAUUUGAGGAGUCUGAAUAUGUUGUUAAAACCAAUGCACCACAACCUUUAGAAUCCACCAAAGUCUAUUUUGAAAAUAUGGGUUAUCUUGAUUCAAAUAUCUAUAAAUUGGGGUCUCUCAGUACUGGAACUAUGAUAACUGGUCCUUCCAUUAUCAUUGAUGACACACAAACAAUAUUGAUAGAACCUGAUUGUGAAGCAGUUGUCUUAUCAGAUUGUGUUAUGAUUAAAUUGACAAACACCAAGUCAACAAAGUUAUCCACCACUAUUGUUGAUCCUAUUCAGUUAUCUGUUUUUGGUCAUAGAUUCAUGUCCAUUGCUGAACAAAUGGGAAAGAUUAGACUUUUCAGUGCUUUAUUUAAUUCUGAUGGUAAAUUAUUGGCUAAUGCACCACAUAUUCCGGGCCAUUUGGGAUCUAUGUUUUUAGCUGUUGAAAAACAAUUGGGAAUCUGGAAAGGUCAAUUAAAGAAAGGUGAUGUUGUUUUCACAAAUGCUCAUACAACUGGUGGUACACAUCUCCCAGAUAUAACUGUGCUUACUCCAAUUUUAGAUGAACAUAAUAAUGUCUUAUUUGCGCUAUGUGCAAGAGGUCAUUUUGCUGAUAUCGGAUCCAUUGUUCCUGGUUCAAUGCCUGCCAACUCCAAAGAAUUAUACCAAGAAGGAGCCAUUAUUGAAAGUGAAUUGCUAUACAAGGAAGGUGUAUUCCAACAUGAUAAAGUUGUUGAUUUAUUAUACACUAAACCUGGUCAAUACCCAGGAUGUUCAGGGUCAAGACUGUUGGAUGAUUGUAUCAGUGAUCUAAAAGCACAUGCUUCAGCUAAUAACAAAGGUUUAAUUUUGAUGCAAAAUUUAAUCAAUGAAUUUGGAUUAGAUGUUGUUCAUCUUUAUUCUAAUGCUAUUCAAAAAUCAGCAGAAGCUGCCGUUAGAGAUUUGUUGAAAAUUGCCUAUGAUAGAUUUGGUGGUGAACCGUUAAAAGCUGUUGAUUAUCUAGAUGAUGGUACUGCUAUUGCUGUUACAAUUACCAUUGAUAGAGAAGACGGUAGUGCUAUUCUUGAUUUUACAGAAUCUGGUGACCAAUUUUACAGUAACUUAAACUGUCCAAUAGCUGUGUUGUAUGGUAGUAUUCUUUAUGUUUUAAGAUGCUUGAUUAAUGUUGAUAUUCCUUUGAAUAGUGGAUGUAUGCAACCAUUAGAUAUCAGAGUACGUGAAGGUUCGCUAUUCAUGCCAUCUCCAGAUGCUGCUGUUGCUGGCUCUAAUGUUGAAACUGCACAAAGAAUCUCAGAUACCCUUUUCAAAGCAUUUCAAGCUUGUGCUGCUUCUCAAGGUACAUGUAAUAAUUUCACUUUUGGCUCAUCAGAUCCUCAAUAUGGAUCAUUUGGUUAUUAUGAAACUAUUGCAGGUGGUGGUGGUGCAGGUGAGAAUUUCCAUGGUCAAUCAGCAGUUCAAGUUCACACAACAAAUACUAGAAUGACAGAUUCUGAAUCUUUUGAAAAAAAAUUCCCAUGUAUUUUGAGAAAAUAUGAAAUCAAUAGAGGAACUGGGGGUAAAGGUUUAUACAAAGGUGGUGAUGGUGUUAUUAGAGAAAUUGAGUUCACUAUACCAAUUGAAGCAACUUGUUUAAUGCAAAGACGUGUAUUUGCACCAUAUGGAAUGAAUGGAGGACACCCAGGUAAAAGAGGUUACAAUUAUUGGUUAAAGAAACUUGAUGAUGGUUCUUUUAAAAGGGUUGCAUUAGGUGGUCAAAAUACCGUAUUUGUUAAAGCUGGUGAUAGAAUUCGUAUUGAGACUCCUUCAGGAGGUGGCUGGGGUGUUCCAAUUGAUGAACAGGAUGAUGAUAAAAAAUCAAUAUCUGAACAGAUUCAUUACCCAUGUAUUGAUGCACCUUUUGCUAAACCAACUAUUUUAACAGGUAGUAUUGGUAUGAAAGCUAUUACUCAGACAAGUAAUUGA